AUGGUUCCUCUUCUACUUCUGCCACUUUUGGUGUCUGGAGUGGUGUCGAAAUCGACAUCGAGUUCAACAUUGUUCAGCAGAUAUUCUGCUGACCAUCACCAUUUGACCAAGAGCGAGUUCUCUCACAUUUUCCUCUCUUUUGACACCAACACAAAUCACCAGGUUACGAUAUCAGAGUUCGAACAUGGAUGGACUCAGCAGCAUUUAAGAGACUCGACUGAGUCAGGGUAUUUCUUCACUGUAGCAGAUGUGGACGGUGAUUUGCGGAUAACACAGGAUGAUAUGAACUAUCUGUUCAUUGUCAUGGAUACCUCUGCUGAUGAUUCCCUGUCACCUUCGGAGUUUUCCAUCGGAUGGCAUAACCUCUUCGAAGCAGGUGGUGAUGAUGAUGAUUGA